GUAUUCCGCUGUGUGGACUGUUGACAGUUUCACCCAAAAACCUCGAUUCCAUGAUCGUGUGUAGCUGUUCAGUCGAUCGCAGGCUUAGCCACAGUUCUUCAGACCUGGCGCUUGCUCGGUUCUCCAUGGCUUGAUCCGCCCGAGGCUGGCCCAUGCAUGCUGCUGCGAUCGGCGUUCCCAGCAGUCCCAAAGCGGCGCUGGGCUUGGGUGCGAUGCUCGAAUCAGCAUGCAACACAGGGACUCCUGGGCUGCUGCGCUAAGAUGGCCCUGAGAUACCUGCGUGGAACGGCGCCAGGAACGGCACAAAGGUGCCUGAAAUAUCCAAUUUAUUCCAGCGAGAGAUGUGCAGCUGUGAGACUGGCGAUGCACCCCAGUGCCUGUGCUCGAGCAUGCGCCGAAGACGCAAUGUCACUGGGCAAUUGCACUGCCUGCUAUCAGACGGGGCGCCUGAUCCAGUGUACGUACCAGAGAAGACGAGAGAAGCGCGUGGUGCCUCAGGACAGCUCGCUGCCACGCUUGAGCCGGGUACCUGUUACGAGGGAAGAGGGGACACAGCUUAGUUGUGACAUCGCGAGUGGAGACUGACUGAAACGGGCGCCCGAUUCCGCAUCUGCCACCGCACAAGACAACCCCAGCCGGCGUGUAACGCCAUAGCUAUCACGGGCAGUGGGGUCCAUUCCAGCCUGUCCACACAGCCAGCGAGCACUGGCACCCGCCAACAUUUUUUUAUUUUGGAACAGCCGCCGUGCCUUGCACCUGUCCAUAUACACGACACCUGCCUCCCU